AUGUCCUCGAGGGCAGCGAAGAACGGUCCCAACUACUUCAAUCAGAGCGAUUCUGAAGAUGCAGUCGACUGGACAACUGGGCCCCGAAAUGUUCCCGUCACGCCUGCCUUUGGCCGUGAGAAACAAGAGUAUCAGGCCAAAGCUAGCUCUGAAAAAGCAAAACAGGACUAUUUCGGGCUCUGCCCCUCGCUAAAGGGAAAUGUCAUUUCCGCCACCUUCACCAUCCCGCAUAUCCUAUACAGGAAGGGCAAACAGGUAGAAAGGGACACUGGUCACGGUUUCUGGCAGUCUGGUCAUUUCGACUGCCUGUCGCACUUGACCAAUAGCCGCGUCACUUCCCAGCACAUCGUGGUUGCCUGGCCGGGCGAAAUAAUCCAGUCUGGAGCCAAUUCUCCCCCUUCAUCCGCCACACCGACUCCCACCUCGAUCGCUCCGGACGGCCACGCGCAGAACAACGACGACCCGAAUCCCGACAGGGUCGUCUUCGUCAGCACCGAAGAGCAGGAGCAGCUAGAAACGGACCUGCGCCAGGGCCGCGAGCACAUCAUCCCGGUCUGGCUGUGCGCCGCCACUGGACGCAAAGAGAACGGCAUCGAGCUCCAGAACCAGUCCCGAUGGAGAAGAUAUGCCGAGCACGACUUGUAUCCGCUCUUCCACUACAAGCAACGGGAGCCGACAGGUGGCGGUGACGAGAGAGCCCGAUGGAACGAUUACCACUUCGUCAGUGAAGCCUUUGCUAACAAGAUCUGCGCCGUCUACAAGCCCGGUGACACUAUUUUGGUCCAUGACUUCUACUUGAUGCUCCUCCCUGGGAUGCUCCGCCAGCGUCUCCCCUCUGCCCGCAUCGCCUUUCUCCUGCAGACGCCGUUUCCCACGAGCGAGUUUGUGCGGUGUUUGCCCCAUCGGCGGGAACUACUCGAGGGCGUGCUAGGAGCCGACCUCGUCGCCUUCCAGGCGCCCCUUUACGCGGAGCACUUUGCCAACUCGUGCGCCCGGAUCUUGCAAGCGCGCGGUAGCGGACCGGAGCAGGUCCUCUACCGCGGUCAACGGACGCAACUCGCGCACAUACCAACCGGCUUCGACAUCCAGCAGAUUACCCAGAGAGCAUUCCAUCCCGACGUGGACAAGCUGUGCGAGGAGGUCAGGGACUCCUUCUCCGGCAAAAGAAUCAUCCUCGGCCACGACCCCGUCAGCAGCCUGAGCGGGCUUGACAAGAAGCUACUGGCGUACGACCGCUUCCUGCGCGACCAUCCCGAGUGGCGGGGACGGGUCGUCCUCGUCCAGCUCACCAGCCCCGCCGCGCUCGCCGACGCCGGCGCCGAGGAGGCCGACUUUGCGGCGCGGAUCAGCCUCCUCGUCGGGGACGUCAACGCGCGCCACGGCUCGCUCGGCCACACGCCCGUGCAGCUGUCCCCGUUGCCGCCCCGUCGUGACGAGUACCUCGCGUUGCUCCGCCGGAGCGACGUCGCGCUCGUCACGAGCGUCCGCCAGGGCAUCAGCACGACGGCGCUCGAGUACGCCGCGUGCCAGCGCGACGACGCGUGCGGCACUCUCGUGCUGUCCGAGCUCAGCGGCACCGCGGCGGGGGCGCUCGGCGCGGCGGUCGUCAUCAAUCCCUGGGACGUGGCAACCGUCGCGGAUGCGAUUUACGACGCGCUAACGGCGACGCGCGAGGAUAGGGCGGCGCGGCAUGAGGCGCUGCGCGGGCAGGUGCAGGACAUGAGCGUGGAAAGCUGGGCAGCGAAGCUGUUUGGCAUGCUAGACCGCAUCCCGAAGAAGGACGAUAAUCAUGAAGCCGUGUAA